AUGCUUUCAAAACCUACUGUUGAUUGCAUGAUUUGGCCUGAAGAGAAUUACCCAGAGAGAGAGUCCAAUCGAGCUAGAAAGAGAAGACUCUUCCCAAAGAUUAUCCCCAAGACUGAUAACUCAGGAAAGUUUGUUGUGCCUUGUAUCAUCAAAGGUAACAUUCUUGAGCAAUCUUUGUGUGACACAGGAGCCAAUGUGAACAUCAUGUCUAAGAGGAUAGCUGACAAGAUAGGCCUCACCAAGAUCAGCCAUCAUCCAUCUCCAUCAACUAUGCUGAUUCAUUCUCACAAACCCCUAUGGCUUUGUGCCUAA